UCCAAGGUAACAACAAUGGCAAUGAGUUUGUUGGAAUCUUCUUCAUGUUUAGUUUUCUCUGUAAGUUCUCCAAAAACAAAUGAAAAUGUCUUCUCCAACACGACAAGUUAGCGUCAGAAGGCUUCCACCUUUACCCAACCAAGUUCAGAUAAGGCCAAUUCUGAAAGAAAACGCUGCAAAUCUUGAAGACGGACUCUUGAAAACUCGCCAUUCGCGCGGACUAACAGAACAGCAAGUCAAAGACUACCUUUUAGCCAACCCUAACGUACUAGAUGAACUUGUACUGGAGGUAGCAAGCUGCGAUCAAAUCGAAAGAUGGUUAAUACGAAAAUCUCACUAUCUACGAAAAAUCGAAGGAACUACUGAAGGCGUCAAUUCAUCGCUCUCACGAUGGAAGUUCUGCGUACACUCGGACAAGCGCAAGAUGCUUCAACAAUUAACCAAAGAUAUCCAUCAGCAACCACAGAAGGCACGAGUAAUGAACGAACUCGUGAAAAGUAUUGCUGCCGCGACUCAUGCAGAUCGACAUUCCUUGUAUCUUGUUGAUAAGAACGGAACGGAUAUCUAUCUAUAUUCUGAAACAAAACCAAGGUGUCGUACUCUUAAUCGCCAACCCAUCGGCAAAGGUUCUACUGUAGCAGCAUAUGUGGCAGAGAGUGGCGAGAAUGUCUUCACUAAAGAUAUCUUAGGGGAUGAAAGAUUCCCUAAAGGGAUCGGCAUAGAAGAUAGUACUGCCCAGUCCGUUCUCUGUCAACCUAUCAUCCAAUCAGAUGGCAUUUUAGUUGGGGUUGUAGAGCUUGUCAAAUCGUUAGGAAGUUCUCCUUUUCAAAAAGAAGACGAAGAGAUUUUAAACAGUUACUUGGUGUGGGGAAGUAUAGCAAUUCAUCACGCUGAGAUAUCAAAGCAAAUCCAAAAGCAAAAGGAUUUAAACAGCUUUUUAUUGAACGUCGUCAGAUCGAUUUUCGAUGAGAUAUGUACCAUGGAUGUAGUUAUCGAGAAAAUUAUGGCUUUUGCAAAGAAGUUGGUCAAUGCAGAUCGUUGCUCUCUGUUUUUACUCGACACCAAAACAAAUGAACUUUACGCAAAUCUUUUCGACGAAGGAGACGAGGACGGUACGGGAUUCAAGUUCAAAAACGGACUAGAAAUAAGAUUCGAAGCUACUAAAGGCAUCGCUGGUUACGUAGCUUCCAAAGGGAUGAUACUGAACAUACGCGAUGCUUAUAGAGAUCACCGAUUCAACCGAGAGGUAGACAUGAAGACUGGCUACACCACGCGAAAUAUACUCUGCGUGCCCGUCAGGUGUAAAGGAAGUAUUAUUGGUGUAGUCCAAAUGGUCAAUAGUUAUAGGGGAUUCUUUUCGACUGAAGGUAACACAAUUUUUAAUCCUAAAUUCUUCGUUACUUCUUUAUAAAAAAGGAAAAAAUAUAUAAUCUGUCAAGAAAUAAACUAGUCUGUCAAAAGGAUGUCAGAAUUAAACUAGUUAGUCAUUCCUACUCAAAAAACCCGCUCCAAAGAGUACGCUUGCCAUACAGCCAAUGACUAUAAGGGAUUAUUACACGUGCUCAUCUUAUCCAAGAACAUUUAUGGAAUGGAAUAAACUCCCAAAGGAAACAGCACUUGCCACCUCACUGGCUUCAUUUACACCUUUUGCUGUUCAUUAACAGAAAAU